GCGGCGGCGGCGGCGGAGACGGGGAGAUGGCGGGCUCCGGGAGCGAAGCUCGGUUCGCCGGGCUGUCGCUGGUGCAGCUCAACGAGCUGCUGGAGGACGAGGGGCAGCUGACGGAGAUGGUGCAGAAGAUGGAGGAGGUAUACACAACAUGGUACAUGUGAAACAGUGCAGAUGCGUGUACACCCCCGCGGGAAGGAGACCCAACCAGCCUUUGUGGGCUGAGGGAGAUCACAGGGAAGGAGUGUUUCCUGGUGACUCAUGAGCUGUGAUUCAAAGGGUGAGUUAACCAGACACAGAACGUUCAGCUCAACAAAGAAAUGACGCUCGCCAGCAACCGGAGCCUGGCAGAAGGAAACCUUCUGUACCAGCCCCAGCUGGACGCUCUGAAAGCACGUCUGACCCAAAAAUACCAGGAACUCCAGGUGCUCUUUGAAGCCUAUCAGAUAAAGAAGACCAAAUUAGAUAAACAGUCCAGCAGCGCCUCCUUGGAGACCCUGCUAGCCCUUCUUCAGGCAGAAGGAGCCAAGAUCGAGGAAGACACCGAGAACAUGGCGGAGAAGUUUCUCGAGGGAGCGCUCCCACUGGAUUCCUUCAUCGACGUGUAUCAGAGCCAGCGGACACUGGCCCACAGGCGAAGGGUGAAGAUCGAGAAGCUCCAGGAGAUGGUGCUGAAGGGGCAGGCGCUGCCGCAGGCUCCAGCCCCGCUGCCGCCCAGGGUGCCCGAGCCGGUGCCCGCCACCCCCCUGCCCUACGCCGCCCCGGAGGCCAGCGGGCCCCCCUCCGUCAUGCCUCGGCGCAUCCCGCCCCCGGUGCCUGCAGGACGCUUAGCCACGCCGUUUGCCGCCGCCAUGGGCCCAGGACAGGCCUCUCCGUUCCCGGGACCACCGUGCCCCCCUCUGCCGCCCCGCAUGGGCCUCUCUCCCCAGCAAGGAUUCUCUGCGCAGUUUGUGUCACCGUACCCGCCAGCUCUCCCCCAGAGACCCCCGCCCCGGCUGCCUCACCAGCCCGGCUUCAUUCUGCAGUGAGGGCCGGCCCGGGGGCAUCUGAUGUGAGCGGGGGCCGGUGGUGCGUGGAGUCGGGACCUGGCACCCCGGCCGGUGUGCGUGCUCCGUCCUCCGUGUGAUCGCUGUCUUGUCGUUUUGGUGAACUCAUGAUUUCGGGGAAAGCCUCGCCCAUUCCCAUUUAGAAUUACGGUCCUCCCGUCGCAGCUUUAUUUAAUAAGCAUGGUUCAUCAUUUCUGCUUUAUUUUCAAGACAGUUGUGUCCCAGCCUGCCGCCCGCCGCGCCCAGCCCUCGUAAGGGUCGGCCAGGUGGGCCCGCCCAGAAGGUGCUCACUGAGUCUGGGGGGCAGGUGGGUCGGCGCGGCCCCGCCCCUCCCCACACCUGGUCCUUCAGAGCCACACACAGGGUUUGCACUUGGCCCACUGCCACGUCCAGGGGCCUGAGGCGGCGGCCGUGAGCUGGACUUUGCACAGCAGCUGACGUCCCGCUCCUCCUCCCUCCAACCUCAGCUGGCCCCUGAGGGUUUCUACGAAGAAAUAGCCCAAUAUUUUUAUUAUUACAUGUGUAAUUUUCCUGUUUUAUAUUGCGGAAGAAAACUUUUUUUGACAUAAGACCAUUCAGGGAAACUUUAUAAAAAUGCACAUACUGUUUUGAGCAGAUCGAAAUGCAGAUGACGGGAUCGCAGUUCCCUUUCUUGCAAGUGAUGCACAGUGCACGGUCCCCCUGCGACCUGUAGGGCCGUGUGUGCCUUAGCUUCACCUGGUGCCGGUGAGGGGCUGCCAAGGCCCCCGCGGGCCCCCAGACGGGGGGGUGGCCGUCACCAGCUCCUGCUGCUGCCCCAGCGCCCCACUUUCGGGGACUUGUUCCUGCCCUCUUGCGUUGAGGGUGGAAGGAGAGUCUAUUAGCCAAUAUUGUCGGCUUCCUGGGCCUCGGGGCACGGGUGCCGGCCAGGGCCUCCAGCAGCCGUUCAGCUGGGUUUGGAGAGAGGGUGCCAACACACUACAAGGCUCUUCCUGCCCUCUGGGUUCUCUGCAGGUGCCAUGAGUGCUCAAGUCUGCGGGGGGGGGGGGGGGGAAGGGUCACUACCCACCUAUUAACAAAAGGCCCUCAACUCAAUGUGGGACUCCUGCCUGUUGCCUAGGUGACCCAAUCAGGCAGACCUCAAAGGGGUCUGUCCCAGCAGGCAAUGGGCGAGGCCACCCACCUUUGUACACAUUUCCAUACAGUUCUGCUCCUGGACUUGAACUUUAUUUACUGUGUCGUACCUGUUUUUAAAGAAAAGAAGGCUGUAUAGGACGAUUUACUGCCAUGCCAACCAGGUGGACCUGCCGUGUCCUGUGAAUCUUGACAGCGGUGCCACCCCAAUACCUCUGCCAGCCACACGGGGCGCGGCCGAACGUGCGACCUCAGUGCCGACAUGGUGACGGGGCUCCCAGGUGGCCUCACCAUCUCUCCAGGGCCACGUCUGAGCUGUGGUUGUAAAGCUGUAGGACCCUUUUUAAUAAAUAGAGAAUUAAUAACA